UCUAGGGAUAAAAGCUCGAACUGUUCACUCAAAGUGGUUCCACCAGAGUGUAUCGAAACACUGAUCACUAAGAACAUUUGCAGACCCAAAUGCUUUGAUGUCGUAGUUAUUUAUGUUGUUCAAACGCCUCAAUUCGAUUCAUUAAUCAAUAAACGAACGUAUUUUCAGGUGAAGAUAGUGCACUUUUUGGGUGCAGUGAAGCCAUGGCAAGAGUCGGGUGGUCAUCACAUUUCAGAACAUAUCGCGCAUUGGUGGUCGUUGUUUUCUACACGCGUCGCGCCGAAUCUACCUUCAUCACACGUGAGUAAUUGGUCGUGCUCGAUGCCUGUGUGCACACUACCUCCUGAUUCUUGUACUAGUGUGCCUGAUCGUAGAGAUGAGCCAUUCGAGCAACAUUUAUUACCACUUGAUAAGGGAUUGAAUAUAGUCGAGGGUGAAAGCAAUCAAAAGGAGCAGGAACAUCAACAGCAACGUCAACAAGAUGGACAUACCUCAGAAUCACAAGAUAAUCAGCCAUCCAAAUCAGCUGAUAUCAACGUCUCAUCACCAUCACCGUCUACAGACACAAGCCAAAAUCCAUGCAUGCGCGUUUUUCGUUGCGUUCCACCAAGCUAUCAGACGUGGACUCCGCUCCGCUUCCUUCCCAAACAUCUCGCCAACCAAAUGGCAGCUUACUCAUCUGUGAGUGCCCGUCAACCUCUUUCUCUUUACUGUUUGCCUCUCUCAAAAGCCAUCCCUGUCGUUUCAAACACGCGUGAGUACAAUAGGAAUUUGGUAGGCGAGAUGAAUGGGUUGCUGUCGAUGCCAGCAGUGAAUGGUGAAGCGGAAGUAGGACCAACGAACGAGGAACGGAUGAGGGCGUGGGAAAUCGGCCAUCCGGAUUACUUAGGCCGAGAUGCAUUCGCAAAUAUUCAGAAAGCGAUCGAUGCGGCUCUCCACCAGUGA